AUGAAAAUGAAAACACAAAUUUCAUUGAAGCUCAUUUUAAUUGGAUUACUAUCUCAAAUUGAUUUUUCUCAUAGUCGUGCGGUCAAUAUUAGCAACACGUGGACAUUACCGCAGGCUGGUUUUAAUGUAUUCUAUCGUUAUUUCCGUGAUAAAAUAUCGUGGUUUGAAGCUGAUGCCGUUUGUCAAUUUCAUCAUGCUAAUUUAGUGACAGUUGAAAACAUUGAGCAAUUUGAUGCAACUCGACUGUUUCUAAAGGAGCUUGAUAUACCGGAUUUUGUAUGGAUUGGAUUAAUGCGCCCUAGUAAUACAGAUCAGUUUUCAUGGACAAACUCUAAACCAUUGCCCGUAUCAGAAGGAUAUUGGGCUGAACCAUGGCCAGUAUCAGAUACGCCGCUAUGUGCUGUUAUCGAUCCAUCUCGUGACUAUCGUUGGCAUACAUUGCGAUGUGGUGGUCCUGAAACGGCCGCAUUUUUAUGCGAAAUGGAGAUCCCAGAAUGGGCAAUUCAUUGUACUGAAAAUCCGGAUGUAACUGUUCAAUACAUUUCUGAUUCCGGUGCUGUUCAAUUAUCACGUCGUUGUAAUGAUACAUUGAAGGAAAUUUCAUGUCAAACAAAGGCCAAUCAAAUGGAUAUGUACAAUGCAUUGAAAUGCCCAGAGGAAGAAAUUUUGUCAACGACACAAUCAGCGGAAGAGAUUACAGUUGAAACAUCAAAAUUAGACACACAAGUCACGGCAUCGACAACAUUUAAAGCGGAUGAGGAAGUUCAACCGAAAGUUAUUAUUAAAAAUCCACAAAAAAUGAUGGAAGAUAUUUUUGAUAGUAUUGACAUGAAUGUGGAAGUUGAUUCUAAUCGAUUAGAUGAUUCUGAUUCACAGAAAAUGGAUUUAGACUUGAUGGUUGGUGACCAGCCAAUUCCAGACGAUGAAGAAAGUGAUAAAAAGAUUCUUCUUAAAUUGCCUGACAAAAAAGAAACUUUUAAGAAAAAGUCUGAAAAAAUGAAGGAGAAAUUGAAAGCUAGAGAUGAUGACAUGAUGAUGGGCGAUGCACCAUUUGAGGAUGUUCAUUCAACCACAGAAAAUUCAGAAUUACCAACAUCAACAAUUAUUUCCACGACCGAUCGUCAGCGACGUGAUGCAAAUUUAAUUGCUGAAAUAACGACAAGCAUAAAUGACAUCAGUGCAUCAACAACAAAUGAUGCUUCAACCCCAGAGGAAUUAAGUACGUUUUCAACUGAAAUGCCACAAUCAUCAACAGAGCAGAUUACAACGCCAGCAACAGAAGAGCCAACAACUAAAAUUAUCGUUCAUGGUCAUCCACUUCACAUGUCGCAAGCAAUUUUUAAGGAGCCAAUUCAACCUGAUGGAGCUCACGAACGCAUUAAUUUUAGUGACUCUGAUGUUUUCAUUCCACCAAUGUUAUUAGUUAAAUCUAAAUUUACAACGACUACAUCGACAGGAACUGAACAUUCAACUGUAUCGGACAUUAUUAUCACAUCAUCAUUAAAUCCAUCAACAGAACAAAACACAAUUGUUGAUGUUACAGAUAUUGCUGAUGAAAGCAGCACUGCUGUGGAUAUGACAACAAUAAAGGCCGAAAAUAAUGAAAUUCCGUUGAAUGAGACAGCACAAGCGAUGCAAGUUGAGAACACAAUAACGACUGUCGAGUCAAGCGAAAAGCCAAUUAUGGUUGGCAAGCGAACAGAUCCGAGAUUAGGAUUAAAGGAAGCAGUGCCAUCGACAACGACUACAACAUCUACUGUUGCGACCACAGAGCAAAUAACAACGAUAAUUUCAUCAGAAAUUCCAUCAUCGACAACAGAAAGCGAGGAAUUAACAUCAACGACAGAUGAGAGUAGCAGUAGCAGCAGUACAUUUGAGAUAACGGCAGAAAGUUCACCGUCAUCUACGAUAAUUGAUGAAAGUGAAAGCUCGUCUGUUUCUGAAUUAGCUACAACAACAUUACAGUCAAGUGGAAGUCCUGAAAAACUCGUUGACUUGUCAACAACCACAAUAAUUACAUCAUCUCCAUCAGCUGCCAUAAAAGUCUCUGAAUUUCCAGCACAAACAUCAACUACAGCAAUGCGUAAUGAUAUCAAUGCAUAUCAUCUCCAAAGUGAUGUUUCAGAGAUAUCAGAACCAAUUGCACGUGGAGGAAAUGAUAGUGGCGAGGAUCAUGAGAAUUAUCAUGUGAAUAAUAAAUUCUCAAAUUCUAAUGAUGAAUUUCAGCCAUUCAAACCAAAUCGUCAUCGUACACUAUCCAAACAUGAUCAACAUCAUGGACCUGGAUUUACUCUUGGCAAAAUUUUGGGAUAA